ACACAAAAGGUCUCCUGAAGGAAAACAUCCCUCCUGCAGCUACAGUUUCGUCCCCCAAAUUAACCCUACCUGAUGCAAUCCUCCCAACAUCAAAGAAUUUUCACGUCCGCUACAGAAAUGAGCGCCGAUGCCACAAGCGGACCAGGAGUCAUGUUGAAAGGCUGGAGGCAAGCUUACAAGAAGCACAAUCAGCUGUUGUCGGGGCUGCCUCACAGGCUCGGGCAGAUCAACAGUCACUCUCACAGCAAACGUAACCAUGCUCUUGGUAUGCGUGUUUCUCGCGCACCUCUCCAGAAAGCACACGCCAUCAAGAAGGCCACUGCUCGCACUAUAGCACAAACCACAAAACAUACAACAUUUGCCCUGAAAAACAAGAAUAUAAUCACUGAUACUGUCCGCGACACAAUCUGCGAGCUCGUAGCAACACACGACGUACCAGUAUCGAGUGUUCGAGGUGUCUUUGGUGUUAUCGCAGAGGACAUCAACAAGAUGCGCGUCGCUGAGCUGGACCUGCAGAUCCGCUGGCAUCGCCAAUUCGAUUCACAAAUUCCUGCAGCGAAGGACCUUAAAGGCAAGAAAGCACCGGAGAAAAGGGCCAUUCUGGCAGCUGCAGCAGAGCGGCUUUCUAGUGGGGAAGUAGGACCCAACACUGACAAGGCUGCGACGAUGCAGGAAAUUGAGGGACAUGACACCACCAAUGUUGGGGCUCUCUUAGGGGACUCCGAUGAAGAAAAUGACUCGUAGACGGCCGCUCCUCUUAAAAUUUGAUAGGCUCGUAUAAUCCACCUCAUCUAUAGUUCUUGCUGAUGGCUCGGCGACCUAAAUUCUUGUCGUGUAGGUGUUUGGUUACAUGUCUACACCAUCUCGUACUUUAUUGACCACGUAUUUCGCCGAUACUUGAUUACAUAAUAUCACACUUUGUUUGGUGGCGCUGCGCCUCCCCA